CCGAUCCCGGAUCUACAGGGGGAGCGGAGGAGAGCGGACCCACCGGAGAGCGGCCGGAGUCGCUCUGCAGUUCCCGAAUCGUUUGACCGAGAAAGAAAGAAGAUAGACGAAGAAGAAGUCCGGCCGUGCAGGUCGAAAGAAAAAUAAAGAGGGGGCGAAGAAGAUAUGAACGUGGUAGGGGCAAGAUCGGCUCGACCCGACCGACUCUCACAUCAGUCUCACAAGAGUCGGCCGUAGUUCUUGCACCCGUUUCGAAUUUCUUCACGAUCACCCGACUUCAUUCAUCUCAGACCGUCUAUUUUUGUGGCUUUGUUCAAGUGCUGUGUGGUGUUUUACCGAUACACGACGGGGAAAUUCGCCGAAUGGAUUAAAUCUCGUAGCUGACAUCAAGAGUGUAGUGCGAGGGACGCUUCAAAUUACAAUGGUAAAAUUCUACGUGCGAGAAGGAUAUUCUGAUCUGAGGAUUUUUAAGUAACUGGAGCCAGUGAAUUAUCGAAUCGGUGUGGUACGUUAACGGCCCGACUGUAAAUAUGGAAGAGGUGUUGGAAAUCAAGCACAACCGGCAGCAGAGCCACGAUUCGGGGACUUAUCAGGACUGGCCCCACGAAGAACAGAAAGAGACUAAUUACAAUAGCAACGUGACCGGGGAAUUCGUAACUGUCGUCGCCGUGGACACCAACGAGGUACCGGAGAAGCCUUUUGUGACGGUAGUUUCGAUAGAUUCCGCCGUCGGAAUUGCAAACAACGCCGAGGAGGUCCUCGUCUACAGACUGCCGGGCGAGCGGCUCGGUUUCGGCCUCAAAUUCGAAGGAGGACUGCAAUCUUCUGAAAAAGUGAGCAGGUUGUUUAUCCAGUCGUGUGCCGACGAUAGCCCGGCGUCGAGGACCACCGCUUCCUGGGGUCCGAUCACGCCGGGAGACGAGAUCUUGGCCAUCGACGGCGAAUUGGUCACCGACAUGACGAGGAUGGAUUGCGUCCGAGUUUUAAAAGAGUCUAACGUCGUGAUAAAACUGAUCAUGUUACCGGGAAAGGAGAAACCCGAACCGCGUCCGAAGGAGGAGGAAGUCCAAGCGCCUCCGAUACCGCCGAGGAAGUUCCCGAGGAAGAAAGACAUGCCAGAUCCGCCUCAAGGGUUCGACGAUAAAAAGACCAGUCCGCCUAUAAUUCCGAGGUCCAGGUUCAACGUGCCACAGGCCGAAGUCUACACGGACUUGAUAUCCCAAGAACUCCCGCUUCCGACGGAAUCCGAAUCGGACGAUACGGGGUCGAGCAUUUCUACAGUCGUGAGCAGGCACUGCUGCACUCCGACCACGUCCAACUCCAGUUUUUCCGAUGCCAGGUCUAUAACAUCCAUGGACAUACCUUCCCCUCCGUCCCCGACGGUCCAAAACACCCCGUUCGACCUGGACAAAGUGCUCGAACCGUUUCUCCAGUUGGAGCGGGAAUUCUCCUCGACGACCAUUUGCGGCAACAACAUGUUCACGAACAUGGUCAAAGUGAUCGACCAGAAAGAAGAAUCCACCCUCAAACCUCCGGAGAACUUCCAAGACGCCGACAAAGAGACACCUCCGGUCGUCGACGCCCCGGAACUCCCUCCUAAGCCGUCUCCGAGAGUGGAGAUCGACAAGAAAUUUUCCUCGGGGAAAAAGAGGCCACCUCCUCCGCCUCCACCUCCGAGAAACGAUCGCCCAGUCUGCCCAGAUCCUUACGGAGCGCAGAAUUCCAGCCACCUCCCGCGUCUUAUCGAUUUCGUGCCGAAGGACCGCACGGACGUCGUCAUCCCUUGCCCUCUUCACCCUUCAACCAGAUGCGAUGCAACGGAUAGCAAACAAGAGGCGACGAAAGAUGCCGAAGCAGGGCAAGAAGAAGAGCCAACCGAGAAACGACCAUCAGAAAGCGAAUGGGAGGAAUGCGCCUUUCCUAACCGAACGAUGGAACAAGAUCCGGUGCCUGUCGAAGAAACAACUUUUGCUGACAAAAUGCUGAGCAAAGGGCCCUCAGAUCAAAUCUCUGUUCCACCGAGGCUUCCCCCGGAUGGCCACGAAUUUCCCGUCCACUACGAUGAAAUACCGACAAGGCGCCGUGAGCGGCCCCAAGGGAAAAUUCAGUUUUCUCCCAAAAUGGAAAAACGGCACUCGUUCAAGGGAAAUCCUCCUGUCACCCGGAAAACGAGCCUGCCUUCCGCCGACUCCUUCAAACACGGCCUCUGGCGCAACGACGAGAAGAGUGAAAAAAGCGUACGUGAUAAAAUAGCCAUGUUUUCCACUGCAGCGUCGAAUCAAGAGAAGACCUGCCCUCCGCAACCGGCCCCCGUGGUCAGCUCCUACGUAAAACUCAAUAAAUUUAAAAGCACUGACGAUGUGUCUCAUAAAAGCGCGGCUUAUAAAGUUCCUUUGUCCGACAUGAAAAAUAACGACGGCACGAAAAACGGACAGAUCAAGAAAGGCAUGUUACCAUAUCGGAGCCUUCUCGACGUCACUGGAAACUCGUUUGAAGACAGUAAAUCAAAGUUCGAACAGACCGAAUCGAACAAGAGGACGCAGAGCACGACGGACCUGACUUGCGGUUUCUUAGAAUGCGAGCCCGUUUCUACGGGAGUGGAAUAUUCAACGCUGCCUCGCAAAUCCGACGCGAAACCGACGGGUUUCGACAAAAGAAACUCCGUUCAGACGCCGACCUUGUCGAGAGCGGUGAGUUUCAGCGGGAGCACUAAGCUCCAUCCUCGCUCUCAGAGCCUCGUUGACGUAGGUGUGAGACCGCCGUUGCUCAACAGCAAAUCGACCGAAGAGGCGCGGAAGUCUUCCCUCAACCACCUGAUCGAGCAGAGAAAAAAGAGUAUGUCGAAAUUACGAGGUCUCGUCAUACCCGAGAAAGUUCCCGAAGUCCCGACGACCCAAUUUGUCAUCGACCUUCCAGAAAUCAAGAGCAAAGACUGCCAAAUCAGUACGGACCUACCGAUCGACAAGCCGAAUCUAGAUAAGAAAUGUCGCGAUGUAAUUUACUCUAAUACUGAUGUGACGACGUCGGCGACGCUCCCGAACAAACCGAUAACGGCGAUAGGAGUGCCUCCAUGGAAAGGCGAGAACUCCUACGACCUCCCGAAAUACUCUCCGGCCUUUAAAAGAAAGUCUUUGGCUCUGUACUACGGGCUACCUUCGUCCGUGUCGUCGGUGAGCUCCUCCCUGAGCUCGAGUAGGGAAGAACUCAGGAGCUUCAACGAAGUCGGCAAGAACGGCAAUGUCCCGCAAGGAAGAGUCAACAUCUCUACCAACAGCCCUCAAAACCAAUCCGAGCCCAAAUCUUUAGAAAGCAUCACAUCACCCUCCAUAUCAGAUUUGAGCUUUGAGUACGUCAGCAACUCGCCCAAUUUAAAAGGCAGCAACGACAAACUCAAAUACGAAUAUUCUUCCAAGAUUAAAAACAAUUACGAAAUGAGAAGUCCGGAAGAAGAAAGCGACAACGAUUCCGCAGUCAGCUCUAGCCGUUCGAGCAUAUCACACGGAUAUUCCCCGCCACACUCGCCCAUGCCCGGCCUCAACAGGACGGAAAACGCGAACAAUUUCAUCAAUCAUCAUGGAAACGGAUUAAUCCUGAAGAGGACCUUGUCUUCCGAAACGACGGCCUCCACUUCCUCCAUCGGGUCCACGUUGACUUCCGGCUCCCAAGCCAGUUGCAGCAGCGUCUCGUCUUCAUCCAGCGUCGACAGCAGGAGAGUUUUAAAACCGCAGAGCGUCGAAGCCAUAAAUCGUAAAAACGUUCUGUCAUCCGCCAAAUUCAGCAGUGGGCUGGACUUGAAAGUAGGACUUCCUCCAAUGCAAAAAGUGCAAAUUGCCGACGGUAAAACGAAUACUGAACUAGCCAAUGAAUUGACAGGAUUGCACACAAAAUCAUCUGGUAAAAUUGACGAUAAACUUCCUCAGGAAAGAAUGUCCAACGGCGAAACGCUGGAAAUAAAAAUCGUCAGCGAGCAAAUAAUCGUCGAAGACACAUCGAUCAACGAAGACUGCCUGAAAGCGUCCGACUCUUCAUUCGGCGAGAGUUUCAUACCCAUAGAAAACAAUAUUAACAACGACAAAUCUGAAAAUGAUGUUUGCAUUUUAAACAAUAACAACAACAAUACCAACAACAACAACUUCACCCUCCAAAGUCCGGAGCCUUUCGUCGAGAAAGGAAGCUUCGAUAGUCUCGACGGAAAUAAAUUGAUCGAAACGUCAGAAUGGCCAGAAAAGGAAAACGAAACGAUCAACAAGCAGACACUCGAAAACGGAACACAUAAAAUUUCCGAGACUAAAAUGACAAAAACAGCCAAAAGUUUGUUGAACCAAAAGCCCGUCAAUGUCAACAGCAUGAAAAAAGUUUUCGAAAAAAUCGACAAUUUCUCGGUUCCAAAUGGCCGUUUAAAAACGAGCAACUCUGCGGCAAACGUUCUCAUCCAACACCCUCGCGUAUCCUCCAUAGAUUCGACGACUAGCGACGACAGCUACGUCCCGACUACAACACCAUACGGCUCUAUAACCAACCUACAAAAAGAACAGCAGUUCGGCAGCAUCACAUCCUUAGCUUCUUCUACAAGUCUUAUAUCUCAGCAGGAACUAUCACAAUUGAUUGAAGAAGCGAAUCAUACUUUGGAAGAUGGCGGAAAUGCUCACGAAGUAGUCGUUGUCAUCCUCCAUCGGGACAAUCCAGGGGGUAGUAUCGGAAUUACGCUAGCAGGAGGUGCAGACUACGAAGCUAAAGAAAUUACUGUCCAUAAGGUACUCGUAGGAAGCCCAGCUGAAAGAGACGGAAGAAUACAGAAAGGCGAUCGAAUACUUUCUAUUAACGGAAAGAGCAUGAAAGGAUUAACACAUUAUGAAUCCCUCGCCAUACUUAAGGCCCCUAGACCCGAAGUUGUGCUCGUUGUGUCUCGCCACAAAGUAGAAACUCCAGAUGAAUCCAGCCUAAACAGAAGCACAAUGAAUAACAUCAGAAUGAGCCGUCAAUUAGAUACAAAAUAUACAUCACCUAUAAUCGAAAAAGGUUUGGAAUUGAAAUGGGGCCCGGUGGCUACUGUGGUGCUAAAUAAAGAUGGUGCAGGUCUGGGCUUCAGUCUCGAAGGAGGAAAAGAUUCACCUUUUGGCGAUCAGCCGCUAACGGUAAAAAAGAUAUUCACAGGCGGAUGUGCUGAAAAAUGCGGCCAACUUUUUGCUGGUGAUGAAUUGAUUAGUGUGAACAACAUCGACUUGAGCGAACUGUCUAGAAUCGAGGCUUGGGCUUUAAUGAAAAGGUUACCAGAUGGAAAAGUUCAUUUAAACAUUCGACACCCAAUUUCUUAAUAUAUCCUUAUAAGGAUUAGUUUAUAAUAAUGGUUGAAUCACGAGCCAGAUAAGAGAAAAAAUUAUGCCGGCUCGCGAUUAAUUAUAUAUUUAUUUUGCUAAUAAAUUGUAUAUAUUUAUAUCUGUUUCUGUGAAUAGUAAUAUCACAUGUUGAACUUGCAUUAAAAAUAAGUUUAUAUUUGCUUAUUCAAAUAUAUUAUUUGUAUUUUUUAAAGAAAAUCUGUGAUAGCUAAAUUACAAAAUUAAAAGUUUAGUGUAUUUUUUCAUUUGUUAAUUAUUUUGCCAUUGGUUUGUUUGAAUAACUUGGCGUUUUCUUUUCUAAGGUCGUGAUCUCGGUGUGAUACAUAAAAAUUGGCCGUUAUAAAUUCAUUGUUCAUCCUGAUCUGAUUGAAAAUAAAACACAAGAGAAAAAUUGUAUCGGAUAAAUAAAACUGCAGAUAUGUUUAUCAAAACCAUUUAAAUAUUGUUGAAAUAACAGCAAUUUAAACUUGCUGGUUUGAAUUUCAAUUACACACGAGUAUUCCAGAGGGGUCGAAAGAAAUAUUUUUUGAAUUACUUAAAUAUGAAAUCUUUACAGAGAGAAAAUUUAUUUGAGUUAUUGUACGCCAGUUUGGUUGAUAUGUUUAUUUUCUUAAGCUUUUACUGAAAAAACGUUCUUCCUUUCAAUUACUAACAUUGCUCAUUUUCUAUUUGGCAUGGCAAGUGAACUGAGUAUUUAUUUUUGUUUAAAUUA